AUGAUGAUCGCCUACUUAAAAGCAGAGCAGAGCCGUGACCAACAAACACCUUCAUCAGCAUCUCCGACUGAAUGGCACUCGCUGAGCGUAGGAAGUAGAUUGUGAAUCUGCUGAUAAAUCAUCUUCAUCGUCGUCUUCUUCAUCAUCAGAGGUCAUCAUGGGCUCCAGUUCUUCAUCCUAUACCCCUAAAACUAUUUAUCUGGACGUGGAUGGAAAGGUGCAAAGGGUGAUUUUCAGUCGACACUGCAGCCCGUGUGACAUUCGGGAUCUUCUUUGUUCAUCAUCCAAUAUUGCCAGAAACACAGCUGUACUUUUGAUUGACUCUGAAGGAGCAUUGAUAUCGAUUGACCCAACCAUGCCUGCAAACACUCCAAACAACUUAUAUAAGGUUAUGUCUCAUUCCACUAACCAAGGAGAAGAAAAGGAAGACAUGUUUCAGAACGUUCUCUCACAGGUGGCUGAGCAGUUCACCAGGGCUUUCAGGAUCAGUGAGCUGAAGACCGAAGUGACCAACAGACUGGCCAUGCUGGAGAAGAGAGUGGAGCUAGAGGGACUCAAAGUGGUGGAGAUUGAGAAGUGUAAGAAUGACCUGAAAAAAUUGAAGGAUGAAAUGACCUCUGGAUCAAUGAGAGUAAACUGCAAUUGCAAAUACAACUUUACUGAUGAUGGAAAGAAACUGUCACCUAGACGAGAUGUCCCAAACUACCCUAAGUACACACUUUCUCAGGAAACCAUAGAUGCUCUGAAAAAGCCCACGUUUGAUGUAUGGCAUUGGGAGCACAAUGAGAUGCUCAGCUGUCUGGAAUACAUGUAUCAUGACCUUGGACUGGUGAAGGAGUUUAACAUGAACCCAAUAACUCUCAAAAGAUGGCUGCUGGCUAUUCAAGAAAAUUAUCGUGACAAUCCUUUCCACAACUUCCGGCACUGCUUCUGCGUCAGUCAGAUGAUGUAUGGCAUGAUCCACCUGUGCGGCCUUCAGGACAGGCUGACUAUGACAGACAUGUGUAUUUUGAUGACUGCAGCAGUGUGUCAUGACCUCGACCAUCCGGGGUACAACAACACGUAUCAGAUUAAUGCUCGCACUGAGCUGGCUGUGCGUUAUAAUGACAUCUCUCCACUGGAGAAUCAUCACUGCGCUGUGGCCUUCCAGAUCCUCUCCAUGCCCGAGUGCAACAUAUUCGCCAAUAUAGAGCCUGAAUCCUUCAAACAGAUACGGCAGGCAAUCAUUACACUUAUUUUGGCAACUGAUAUGGCCAAACAUGGAGAAAUACUGGACUCUUUUAAGCAGAAAGUGGACAACUUUGACUGUACUAAUGAGGAGCAUGUUAAAUCUCUGAAGAUGGUGUUGAUCAAGUGUUGUGAUAUCUCCAAUGAGGUGCGUCCCACUGAGGUGGCAGAGCCAUGGGUGGACUGCCUGCUGGAGGAGUACUUUAUGCAGAGCGACAGAGAAAAGUCAGAAGGUCUUCCCGUGGCUCCAUUUAUGGAUCGAGAUAAAGUCACCAAACCAACCGCACAAAUUGGCUUCAUCAAAUUCGUCCUCAUCCCAAUGUUUGAGACGGUCAUGAAGCUCUUUCCACAGAUUGAGGAGAUCAUGGUUCAGCCUUUGAGGGACUCUCGUGAUCACUAUGAAGAGCUCAAGCAAAUUGAGGAUGCCAUGUCAGAGGCACAGAAGAAGAAAACAGAGAGCAUGUAUUUGGGUGGGAAGAAGAAAUAAGCAAUCUGCUUCUUUUUAUGCCUGAUCCAGCUCCUGGUUUCCUGAAACUAUGGUUUUAAACUGUUUCGACUCUCAAAGGCACCCUAUUUCUGAAGGAGAGGGUUUGAUCACUUCUGUGUACCCGAGAUAUCCCGAAUGUCCAGAAAUGUGGUCAUUGAUAGUAAGAAGAGCUUCAAAAUUGCUGACUCUGUUGAUUUUUGCUGCUGCUCUAAUUAUUCUUCACAGAUAUGUUUGCACAAUUGUAUGAAGUGCUUGGCCCUCAAACAUCAUUCUAUUGUCAUAGGCUAAAAUAAAAUAAACAGCUCUUAGAACUAGAAAAUGCUUGAUUAAAUAAUGAUACAUGACAGAAACUGAUUUGGCACGUGUUGAUUUGACAGAGUGAGUUUUGCAAUAAUUGAUUUCACCAAAGAAGUUAUUAAUAAAAUGUACUUAGAGAUACUGUAACUCAGGAAAACAUGCAACCCAAUGUUCAAACAGAAAACAGUAUAAAUGAACAAAAAAAUUAAUAAAAUAUAGACUGACCUUAAAAUUUGAAAAUGGGUGGUGUUUUUCUUCUGAUGGAAUUGUUAGAAUUGCACAUUUUACACAUAUUAGUGUCUGGAUCUUAAAAAUGAAGUUUAGAUUAAUAAAAAUAGACAGAUGGUGGUGAGGUAUGUUUGAAUA